AUUUCUAAUUGUGAACGAACUUAAAUUAUAAACUUGAAAUUACACAAGUCGCAUAUUUAAAAUCACGAAAAAAAUAUAUGGCUUAGAUUAUUUACAAGAAUAUUUUUUUUGACAGCAAAGUGAUACGAAAAUUUGGGGUUAUACGAAAUAUAUUCGGGAAUACAUUGUUAAAAGUUCCAUUGUAAUAAUAUUCGAAUACUUGACAUAAAUAAUUUCAUAUCUUUUUUUUUUUGUCUCAAUUCAAUCGUAAAAAAAAAAUUGAAUUAUGGCGAUUUCUCAACGGCUUCCAAUGGAAAUUAUAAUCGCAAUAUUAUCAUUUGUUCCAGCUAAAACACUUUUUAGAUAUCGUCGCUUAUCAAAAGAAUUACAAUAUGAAAUACAUAAAAUAUUAGUCGAAAGAAUUCAAAAUAAUUUUGAAUCGGGAAAAAAUUAUCUAUUGGCUACGAUCGAAUCUUUAGACACUCAUGGUUCAAGGCCAACUCAUAUAUUUGAUUUAAUCUUACUAGAUAUAAAUCUAAGUACUUUAGAAAUAAGAUUUAAAAUAAAUACUAAAUUAAAUGAUACCGCAUCAAAUAUAAGUCCAAAAAUAAUAGGUAGAAAGUUAGAAGGUACAGAAAUAUGGGAAACGACGAGACAAAAUGUUGAUAUAAGUUUAGAAUCAUCAUGGACGACUUUUAACAUUGAUGAUCAUCCCGCUGAAUUAAUUAAAAAUGUUUCUCUGCAUGUAUUUUCUCCAUUUGAUAUAAAUCAUAAAGCUACUUUUGUUGCAAAAGGAAUUGUUACGUUUAAUAUGGAUAUUGAACCCGAAACUUUGGUUCGGUGGGAAAAAGCCAUUGAUGUUCAUAAUCAAGCAAUUUUAGUCGUUAGAAACACGGUUAGUGAGUUUGACGAAUUUGAUUCUAUAAUCGUAAUGGCAUUAGUUGAAGAAGUGAUCAUAAAAGCUGGAAUUUUAUUAACUGCCAUGGAAGAAAAAUGGAAAGAUGUUGUUUCGAGUGUUGUAAUUGAGGAUUUUGAUGAUUAACUUUUUUUUUUUAAAAAAAAAAAAU